AUGUCAACACGCAACGUGUUCGCUCCUAGUUGCACGGGGCAGUCUGCGCGAUUGAGCAUUGCGAUCCCGGAGGGCCCAGGUAGCUUGGAAGACGGCUCGGAGAUGCACUAUCCACCUGAGGCUGUGCAAAUUAGGAAUACGUUUAUACAUAUUGCAAGCCCAGCCGCUCCCGACGCCGAAUACCGACCAGCAUUGUCGUGCCCUGCUUCCCAAGUCGGACUGAUCCAACGGACAAUGAAGGACUGGCAGGACGAUGCGACAGAAGCCAAGGUUAAGCCAGUCAUUUGCUUGGAGGAUGCUCUUUGCGGUGGCACGGAUGGUUGGACAGCUGAGCCGGCUGUUGACAUUCAGGCUGGCUGGCAGUGCCCCAUACAAGACUGGCAACUGGAGCCGCCAAUACCCGCUCCGCUCGAGCUGGCACCGGGAACAUCGGAACUUCCCAGCAUCGGAUCCAGUGGACACUACACGGGCGACUGCAAGCCAUGCUCUUUUCUGUAUGCUGCACAGGGCUGCAGAAAUGGUGCCAUGUGCACAUUUUGUCACCUGUGUGACAAAAGUGAGAAGAAGCGACGGCAAAAACUAAUGAGAGCUGCUCUAAACAAAUGCCAAGCUGACUGA